CACCCUCCAACUGAGUGUGUAGAGCGGUCCGACAGCUCUGGUGUGUCUCCCCAGCACGCUGGUCAGUGCAGCCACCCCGUGCCUCAUCAGGAGCCUCAGACGAACAACUCCAAGCAGGACGCCACAGGAUGCCUUUUGGUGGGGGAAACAAGUGUGGCUGCUGCCAGAAAACGGUGUACUUUGCAGAGGAGGUGCAGUGCGAUGGCCGGAGCUACCACAAGUCCUGCUUUCUAUGCAUGGUGUGCAGGAAGAACUUGGACAGCACUACGGUGGCCAUCCAUGGGGACGAGGUCUACUGCAAGGCCUGCUACGGCAAGAAGUACGGCCCAAAAGGCUACGGCUACGGCGGCGGAGCGGGGACCCUCAGCAUGGACAAGGGAGAGUCUCUAGGCAUCAAGCCAGAAGAACAAGCCCCCCAUCGUCCCACCAACAAUCCGAACCCCUCGAAAUUCGCCCAGAAGUUCGGCGGCUCUGAUGUGUGUCCUCGCUGCAGCAAAGCUGUGUAUGCCGCCGAGAAGGUUGUGGGGGCCGGCAGCGCAUGGCAUAAGAGCUGCUUCCGCUGUGCCAAAUGUGGAAAGGGUCUGGAGUCCACGACCCUGGCUGACAAGGACGGCGAGAUCUUCUGUAAAGGAUGCUACGCCAAGAACUUCGGCCCCAAAGGAUUCGGGUACGGCCAAGGUGCUGGAGCUCUGUCACAUGCUCAGUAGAGCUCCGCAGUCCACCGCAGUUCCCCCACUACUGUCCACCCUACCUUACUGGUCCGUGCUCCACCUAAUAUUGCAGCGGCUACAAGACAAGGAGUUCCAAGUUUUCAUGGUGACUGUUUUUGGUGGGGGGGGGGGUGCAUUCUGCUCCCUGGACUGGGGACACACUUUGGUUUCUCGAAGUCCUGCAUGUCUCACUACUCACAUGGAGGAAUGGAAGCACUUGUCCAUCAUUCCAUACUGUAUAUUUAGGAUCAGCUGGUCAUCCUUUGGAUAGUAAUGUUUAAAAAUAAACUAACAUGUAUGAAUGCGGUUGCUUUAGUGUUACUAAUAUAGUAUAUCAGAUAUCACUGGAGCUUCUUGCUUAUAUUGUGGCUACUGUCACCUGAGAGACAGACUUCAGGUUUUAUUCUCCAGCUCAUUUUCCUUCUAAUUCCUGCAAAGUUAUGGAAUGCAGCUUCCUUCCUUGUGAUGUAUAAAUUAAGAUCACACUGUAUGGACACUAUAGAACUCUAAACACAUCCUAUGUCCAUAGGAGACAGGGUGUUGUAUAUGUUGAGUCUCUGUGGAACCUGCUCCUGAGGAACCACUGGUCUUUAGUUCUAAGCCUAUGGUGUUGCUUGCAUUACUUGGACCUCUAUCCGGAACAUUUUUGCGUCCCAUUUGUCCAACACGUAACACAGUUCUGCAGUUUCGCUUUGACAAAGCAGAGUCUCACUUCCGCUUGGAGGCUGGGCACUUCAGCUUCCAUUCAGUUUUUUCUUUCUUUUUAAUAAAGUAAUGUUUAAGCAGAUAUAUUCACACAAGCACACCUUGCUUAUUGUACAUGCAGUUCUGAGUUGCUGAGUAAAAUGGCUAAAAAUUUUUUUAAGACAUGGUGGCUAUUAAUAUAAACAUGACAUUGUGUAUAGAUGCAGGUUCUGUGUGUGUGUGAGACUGUUUACAUAGUGGUACACUUGUUUUGUCUGCCUCAGUGCCCUUAUUCCUCAUUAGCUAUCUACCGUGGUAUGCGCCACUCAGGAAACUGCUUAAUCACAACACAAAUUUCCAGCUGGAACAUUAAAUACAGAAAGAUAUCAAACAGACGUGAUUAAUAUUUCCGUUAGGACGUUGCACUUAAAAUGCCUUGCUUGUACCCAUCUGGAAAGAAUAUUUGGAACAAGGAUUAUUUUUGUCUGUCUUUCCCGUGAGUAAUUUAUUACAAAUUUUUACUCACGGGGAAUGUGGAGCUAAACACAGUGAUGAAAUAAUUCAUUAAAAACAUUAUUUAACAGUUGUUGCUGACAGCCCUCCAAUUUGUGACCAAAGUGUAAAGUUUGGGGAUAAAUGUAAUGUUUUAGUAUUGGCAGUGAUGUGCAAUUGUCCCACUUGGUGUAUUUUACCUUACGCUGCUUCCACGUUUCCAUGUAGCUAUUUGCACAAGUUGAUUCUCUAAAUGUGCCGAUGUAUGAAUAUCACUAACAGUUCUCUCUGCAUGUGUCUGUUUCUUGGAUAAAUAAAACAGUCUUCCUGCA